CUUGGUCAGGCUCUUGACCACCGAGCAGAUCAGCGAGCACGAUAUCGAAGAUGGGGAGGUCGGCAGCGAAGCGCCUUGCGACACGGCUGGUGCACGGCGCGCUGCCCUCCCAGCGCCCGUUCUCGACCACUAUCCCAUCUCCACAGGCAACAGGCCGAGGGCUUAUUCAGAAUGACGUUCAGGCUGGAGGCACAGCAGCAAGGCAGCUGGCAGGAGCACAGGCGGGUGUGUCUCACCAGCAGAGGCGCAGCCUGGUGCAGCCAGCAGAGCAGGAAGCACCCAUGCCGCAGAUCACCGUCGACAGGGUGGGAGCAAUCUCUGUCAUCGGGGCGAACGACCCUCCACACCAGCCUGGCGUGUACCGCAACAUUGAUGGCUACCGUGAGGAGGACGGCCGCUAUGCGCGCUUCACAGAGGAGAUCUCGUCCUUCAUCCCAGACCAGCGCAGGUUCACGGACCCCGUGCGCACCUUUGCGUACGGCACAGACGCCUCCUUCUACCGCCUGAAUCCCAAGAUGGUGGUGAAGGUGCAUACCGAGGAGGAGAUAAUGAGGAUUCUGCCCAUCGCGAGGAAGCAUGGUGUGCCGGUCACUUUCAGGGCUGCCGGCACAUCUUUGUCUGGCCAGGCCAUCACAGACUCUGUGCUGCUGAAGCUCAGCCACACCGGCAAGAACUUCAGGAAGUAUGAGAUCCAUGGGGAUGGCAGCAGCAUCACAGUGGAGCCAGGUCUGAUUGGAGGGGAGAUCAACGCCCUGCUGGCGCGGCACAAGCAGAAGCACGGGCACCCCAUCCAGUACAAGAUUGGGCCAGACCCUUCCUCCAUCGACUCCUGCAUGGUCGGCGGCAUGGUGGCCAACAACUCCUCUGGCAUGUGCUGUGGUGUCAGCCAAAACACAUACCACACCCUACAGGACAUGAGGAUUGUCUUCGUUGACGGCACCGUUUUGAACACUGCAGAUCCUGCCAGCAGGGCAGCCUUCCUCAAGAGCCAUGCACAGCUGGUGGAGGGGGUGAGGAAUCUGGCGAUGAGGGUGCAGUCAGACUUCACUCUGGCCUCCCUGAUCCGCCGCAAGUUUGCAAUCAAGUGCACGACCGGCUACUCCCUGAAUGCCCUCGUGGACUUCCCGGUGGACGACCCCAUCGAGAUCAUCAAGCGCCUCAUGAUUGGCAGUGAGGGCACGCUCGGCUUUGUGUCCCAGGCCACCUACAGCACUGUACCGGAGUGGCCCAACAAGGCUUCGGCAUUCAUCAUGUUCCCCGAUGUGCACUCAGCCUGCAGAGCAGCCUCCAUCCUGCGUGAUCAGACCGCUGUGGACGCCGUGGAGCUUUUUGACCGUGCAUCCCUCACGGAGUGCGAGAAGGACGAGGGCAUGACUCGCCUGGUGCCAGACAUCAAGGGUGCAGACCCUGGCGCGGCCGGACUGCUCAUCGAGUGCCGCGGGCAGACUAAAGAGUGCCUGGAGGAGCGCAUCUGCGAGGUGCACCAGGCGCUGCUGCGGGGCAGGCUGCCAUUCGGCGCGCGUGCGGCGCAGCCGAUGACGCUGGAGACCUACGGCUUCAAGCACGACAAGAAGGAGUACAACGUGUACUGGGACGUGCGCAAGGGCCUCAUCCCCAUCGUCGGCGCUGCCCGCGAAACAGGCACUUCCAUGCUGAUUGAGGACGUGGCCUGCCCGGUGGACAAGCUGGCGGACAUGACAGUGGACCUGGUGGAGAUGUUCCAGAAGUUCGGCUACAAGGACGCCUCCUGCUUCGGCCACGCCCUGGAGGGCAACCUCCACCUGGUCUUCUCACAGGGAUUCCGCACUCCAGAGGAGGUGCAGCGCUUCAGCGACAUGAUGGACGAGAUGUGCUACAUCGUGGCCACCAAGCACAGCGGCUCCCUCAAGGGCGAGCACGGCACAGGCAGGAAUGUGGCCCCCUACGUGGAGAUGGAGUGGGGCACCACAGCCUACGAGCUCAUGUGGCAGCUGAAGGAGCUGUUCGAUCCUGAGUAUGUGCUCAACCCCGGCGUCAUCCUCAACGCGGACCCGGAGGUGCACAUAAAGCACCUGAAGCCGAGCCCGCCGGCGAGCGCGAUUGUGGACCGCUGCAUUGAGUGCGGCUUCUGCGAGUCCAACUGCCCCUCGCGCGACAUCACCCUCACCCCCCGCCAGCGCAUCACCACCUACCGCGAAAUCUCCCGCCUGCGCUCCAUGCCCAACCGCACCCCUGACCAGGAGCAGAGGCUGCAGGAGAUGUCGAGCAUCUACACGUACCAGGGCGAGGAGACGUGCGCGGCGGACGGCAUGUGCCAGGUCAAGUGCCCCGUCAAGAUCAACACGGGCGACCUCAUCAAGUCCAUCCGCAAGGAGCAGCUCGGCCAGGACUCCCGCGCCUCCAAAACAGCCAUGGCGAUGGCGAACAACUACGGUGCUUUCGUGUCGACGGUGCCGGCGUUCCUGAACGUGGUGGACUUUGCGCACCGGCUGGUGGGCCCCAAGCCGCUGGAGUACCUGUCCGGCGCCAUGAACCGCAUGACCAACCACCUCGUCCCCACCUGGAACCCCUACAUGCCCCGGGGGGCGUCCAAGCUGGACAUGAACCCCCCGGUGCCGGUGCAGCCGGAGGGGGGACUGGCGCGUCAGGUGGUGUACCUGCCCUCCUGCGUCACGCGCAUGAUGGGCCCAGCCGCCUCCGACCCCCAGAAGGCCUCCGUGCACGAGAAGCUGCUCUCCGUCUUCAACAAGGCCGGCUACGAAGUCAUCUAUCCAGAGGGUGUGAGCAGUGCGUGCUGCGGCAUGAUAUUCAACACCAAGGGUUUUGCGGAUGCGGCCAACAGCCAGGUGUCCAAGCUGGAGUCGGCCCUGGUGAAGGCGUCCAAGGGUGGUGUCAUCCCCAUCGUCUGCGACACAUCCCCCUGCCUCGGCCAGCUCAAGACCUCCCUCUCCGACCCGGCGCUCAAGUUCUCGCUGUACGAGCCGGUGGAGUUCAUAAACACGUUUUUGAAGGACAAGCUGGAGUGGCGCCAGGUGCGCGACAACGUGGCCAUCCACGUCCCCUGCACCUCCAAGAAGCUGGGAGUCACCUCCGCCUUUGAGCAGGUCGCCGGACUCUGCGCCAAAGAAGUCACCCCCUCCGGCAUCCCCUGCUGUGGCAUGGCGGGCGACAGGGGCAUGCGCUAUCCGGAGCUGGCGCAGGGGGCGCUGCAGCACCUGGACUUGCCAUCCGGGUGCACGGACGGCUACUCCAGCAGCCGCACCUGCGAGCUCAACAUGAGCCAGCACUCCGGCAUCAACUUCCGCGGCCUCGUCUACCUUGUGGACGAGGCCACCGGCCCCAAGCAGCAGCAGCAGCGCCAGCAGCAGUAGCCUGCAGCGGUCGAGCUGCAGAGUCGAUGAGAGUGACGAGUAUUUUGAGCGCGCGGAGCACAACUUGAACUUGGAUGUCAGAUGAGGAAGUAUUUCUGUGGCCAGAUUGGGCCUCAUGGGAGGAUUGUCGCCAAAGUGCAGAAUAAUAGAUGGCACGGGGAUAAAAACAAAGUUGUGAGGGCAUUGCAUCAUUCAAUAAGCAUGCACGUGUGUCAGUGGCCAGACUUCGAGGAGCAUUGGAUAUCUGGGAGGUGUCCCCGUUGAGUAGAUUGAUCGAAUUGGUCGACGUUGAGAUUCUUUGGGCAUUGUGCACAACCGUGUUUGGGAUACCUCACUUUAGCGGGUUUGCAGCGAGUGGCUUUAGAACACACCUGUCUCAUAAUCUCUUGUCUCUCAUGCAACAAAUCGAGCAGGGCUUUUGGCAAUAUGAGCAUUUUCUGAUUGAGAUGCCAAGCAUAAUCCAUAACUCAUCUGGCAGUUAGUGCCCAAAUAAGGAAGGUUUCACGGCUCUUGAGCCUCCAAAAGCCCAGUGUUGUACACUGUUGCCUAGCUCGCUGGCGUAUUGGUGUCUGGUUUAUCUUAGUGGAGGAUAGGAAGGGUGAAUCACGUCUCCUCAGCAUCAACGGUGUGCAAUCCAUGUGGAUCAUACCGCAAGACUGCUACCGCUGCUGCCUUCUGAGUGUAAUAGCACAGCUUCAGUU